AGAGAAAAAAAAAUUGUAAUCAAUUUAGGGACGGAUGGAGUAAUUAAUAGACCAUGUAAUGUCAAAGAUCAAUCUUGAUUAAUGGCAAAAAAUCAAAAGUGCACGGAAAAUGAGGGAUGGAGAUACUAUUACAAAGGUGGGCAAUCAAACAUCCAAAUUAGAAGAUGAUCAAACGUGAAGAAUGGCUCGUGAUUUGCUUCACGGGACGCUGCAUGUGACGGUCUACGAAGUCGACCGCAUCAGCGGCGGUGGUGCCGGCGAGAGGCACUUUUUCCGGAAGAUAAUGGAGCAUGUUGAGGACACCGUUGGCAUUGGGAAAGGAACACCAAAGUUGUAUGCCACCAUAGACCUUGAGAAGGCAAGGGUGGGGAGAACCAGAAUGCUUCAAGAACCCAACAACCCCAAGUGGUUUGAGUCCUUCCACAUCUAUUGCGCCCACACAGCCAACAAUGUCAUAUUCACCGUUAAGGACAACAACCCCAUCGGCGCGACCUUGAUUGGGCGCGCCUACGUCCCUGUCCGAGAACUCCUUGACGGGGAAGAAAUGGACCGGUGGGUGGAGAUUGUGGACGAAGACAAGAACCCCGUCGAGGGAGGCUCCAAAAUCCACGUCAAGCUCCAGUUCUUCGACGUCUCCAGGGACAGAAACUGGGGAGGCGGAAUAAGGAGCGGAAAGUUCCCCGGGGUUCCCUACACCUUCUUCGGGCAGAGGAAAGGGUGCCGGGUCACUCUGUACCAAGACGCCCAUGUCCCCGAUAAAUUCAUCCCCAAAAUAGCCCUUUCGGGGGGCAAGUCUUACGAGACACACAGAUGCUGGGAAGACGUGUUUGACGCCAUAACCAAUGCCAAGCACUUGAUUUACAUCACGGGGUGGUCUGUUUACACUGAGAUUUCACUCGUGAGGGACUCGAGGAGGGCGAAGCCCGGCGGAGAAACCACGCUGGGCCAGCUGCUGAAGAAGAAGGCGAGUGACGGGGUCAGAGUGUGCAUGCUGGUUUGGGAUGAUAGAACCUCUGUGGGUCAGUUGAAAAAGGAUGGUUUGAUGGCCACCCACGAUGAAGAAACGGAGAAUUUCUUCAAAGGGACGGACGUGAAUUGCAUAUUGUGCCCUAGGAAUCCGGACAAUGGAGGGAGCUUUGUUCAGGAUCUGCAGAUAUCUACUAUGUUCACCCAUCACCAGAAGAUUGUGGUGGUGGAUCAUGAAAUGCCGUCCCCGGGGAGUAGUAGCCGGAGGAGGAGGAUUGUGAGCUUCGUUGGCGGUCUUGAUUUGUGCGACGGGAGGUACGACACCCCUUUCCACUCUCUCUUCAGGACGCUGGACACCGCCCACCACGACGAUUUCCACCAGCCGAAUUUCACGGGGGCUUCCGUCGCGAAGGGCGGGCCGCGGGAGCCUUGGCACGACAUCCACUCCAGGCUCGAAGGGCCUGUAGCUUGGGAUGUUCUCUACAACUUCGAGCAGAGAUGGAAGAAGCAGGGCGGGAAGGACGUGAUUCUCGAUUUGCGAGAGCUGGACGGAGUCAUCAUCCCGCCGUCUCCCGUCACUUUCCCGGAGGACCGUGACACGUGGAACGUCCAGCUGUUCAGGUCCAUUGACGGCGGGGCGGCUUUCGGGUUCCCCGACUCGCCCGAGGAGGCGGCAAAGGCGGGCCUGGUCAGCGGGAAAGACAACAUCAUCGACAGAAGCAUCCAGGAUGCGUAUAUCAACGCCAUUCGCCGGGCCAAGAAUUUCAUAUACAUUGAGAACCAGUAUUUCCUGGGAAGCUCUUUCGGUUGGGACUCGGACGACAUCAACACGGCAGAAAUCGGUGCGCUCCACCUAGUCCCAAAGGAGCUGUCUUUGAAGAUUGCAAGCAAGAUUGAGGCAGGAGAGCGGUUCGCCGUCUACGUUUUGGUCCCAAUGUGGCCAGAAGGGAUCCCGGAGAGCUCGUCGGUUCAAGCCAUAUUAGACUGGCAGAGGAGGACGAUGCAGAUGAUGUACAGAGACAUUCUCCAAGCCAUGAGAGCCAGGGGAAUUGAGGAGGACCCAAGGAGUUACUUGACCUUCUUCUGCGUCGGGAAUCGGGAGGCCAAGAAGAGUGGCGAAUACGAGCCUUCUGAGAGCCCCGAACCCGACUCAGACUACGCCAGGGCUCAGAAGGCUCGUCGCUUCAUGAUCUAUGUUCACUCCAAGAUGAUGAUCGUUGACGACGAGUACAUCAUUGUGGGAUCAGCAAACAUAAACCAGAGAUCAAUGGACGGGGCGAGGGACUCAGAGAUAGCCAUGGGAGCGUACCAGCCAAACCACUUGGCAAGCGGGAGGCAGCCUGCGAGGGGAGAGGUUCACGGGUUCCGAAUGGGGCUGUGGUACGAGCACCUCGGCAUGCUGGACGACUCUUUUCUGCGGCCAGAGAGCGAGGAGUGUGUUCGCAAGGUGAACGACAUUGCGGACAAGUACUGGGACCUCUACUCCGGCGAUAGUCUCGACAGGGACUUGCCCGGGCAUCUUCUCCGGUACCCCGUCGGAGUCAGCAGCGAAGGCGUCGUGUCUGAGCUGCCCGGGACUGAGUUUUUUCCGGACACCAAGGCUCGUGUCCUUGGGUCUAAAGCUGACUUCCUUCCCCCAAUCCUCACCACUUAGCUUAACUUAUCCCUAGCCUCCAUAUGGCUCCGACUCCCGAUAGUAGUAUUAAUUAUAGUUGUUGAUGAUGAUUACUAAUAAAUACACUCAUUUCAU